AUGACUGACGCGACGCCCAUCUCGAUCUGGUACGCUGCCAAGCAAGGGGACUUGGGCACCCUCAAGCGCCUGAUCGAAGUCGACGGCCACCGGUUCGACCAAGUCGACGCCGAGCUCAAGACGCCGUUUUACUACGGGUGCACGUACAACCGCGUGUACGUCCUGCAGUACUUGGACGAGCUCGCGCGUGGUGCAUUGUGA